AUGAACUGUCUCACAAGCUCAGUCCACCGGGUGCAGGGACAAAUGGUCUUGCCCCCAGACGUGAGCCAGGUUCUCAUCUUUGACAUCUUCCACCAUGGACUAGGAGAUAAUGACAGCCUAAGAAAGACCAGCAGCAAGAGAAGCAGACAGGGUCAACCUGUGAAUCUGUUGGACAGUCAUCACCUUUUGCAGCGCACGAAAAGAAGCUGGAUUAUGUCCACCCUGGAACUUGAGGAGGAAGACAAAGGUCCCUUCCCCAAACUCAUUGGAGAGGUCUUCAAUAAUAAAUCAUAUGAUACGACCAUCAAAUAUUUAAUCAGUGGUCCAGGUGUCGACAAAUAUCCAGAGGCUGGAUUGUUUUCGCUCGGGGAUGAUUCCAGGGGACUCGUUUAUGUGCAUCGUUCCAUUGAUCGAGAGACCAACCCUUCUUUCUUGGUACGUUUUGAUGUUGCAAGCACAGUUACUGGGGAGAUAGUGGACAGACCUUUAUUCUUCACUGUUAAAAUUGAAGAUAUAAAUGAUAACGCCCCAAAAUUUACCCAGAAGGAAUUUGACGUCACUGUGGAAGAAAAUCACCGGAGAGACAAGCCAAUUUUCCAAGUCACAGCCUCAGAUGAUGAUGAACCAGACAAUGAAAAUUCUCGAGUGGCGUAUUUCCUUGUCUUGCAGACCCCUCGUACAAAAGAACCUAACUUCACCGUGGAAUCAUGCAGUGGUCUGAUACGCAUGGCCGGAUGCUCACAUUAUGAGUAUCGACUGAACAUCACAGAAAACCAAAUGGAGGGAGACAUCCUACACCUCAGGGUGGAAGAUAAAGACACUCGCAACACACCUGGUUGGAGAGCAAAAUAUAAGAUAGUGAAAGGAAAUGAAAGAGGGAACUUCAUCAUUAAAACAGAUCCAAACACCAACGAAGGGCCUUUGGUUUAUGAUGGCACUCCUGGCAAGAGCCUCAUCAUUGUGGAGAAUGAAGAACCCUUCUUUUCAUGUGACGAGGGACAAAUCUGGAGCCUUGGUAGAACCCAAAUUCCCUCAAAUGUAAAUAUUAUAGUCCUGAAUGUAAAUGAUGCCCCUCAGUUUCAUCCUCCUGUCCUUGUUCUUCAACGAGAAGAAGGGGUGAAGAGUGGGACCUAUCUUGGGCAGUUACACGCUCGGGAUCCUGAUAGAGUCCCUAAUGCAAUAAGAUAUCAAAUAGUGUUUGACCCAGCAGGCUGGGUGGCUGUUGAAGAGCAUUCUGGGAUUUUGACGACGGUGGAAAUACUGGACCGAGAAUCUCCCUAUGUGAACAACAGCACGUACACCAUCAUUAUCCAUGCUAUAGAUAAUGGAGUCCCACCACAGACUGGCACAGGCACCAUCCAGCUUUUCCUGUUUGAUAUUAAUGACAAUGCUCCGAAGCUCGUUACACCGUCAUUGGACAUCUGCGUGGGAAUGGAAAAGGGCUCGUUCCCGAUAAAAGCCGAAGACAAAGACGACUUCCCUUUUGCUGGGCCUUUUACAUUCCAGCUAGCUGAGAGCUCAGAGAACACGAAGGGUGUUUGGAAACUAGGCCGGACUUUUGGUGAUUCAGCUGAGCUGCUGAUGUUGAGAAAUCUGCCCAUUGGCAACUAUUCAGUACCUCUCCAUAUUUUGGACAAGCAAGCAUUCUCCAGGAUCCAGAGCCUCUAUGUCAGGGUUUGCCCCUGUCUCGGUGGGAACAUUUGUGAUUCGGUGCCUCAAUAUCAGUUAUCAGUAAUCGGUGGUGGAGAAGUUGCUGGCAUCUUGGCUGUGAUCUUCUCUUUUCUGCUGAGCGUAUGCCUGCUCCUGUGGCGGUUCUACCAUUCUCAUGCACCAUUCAAGAAUUAUUUCCCUCUUGUUUCUUGGAAAACGAGAGACCAGCCCCCGAUGCACAACAGUGAAGAAAGCCAACAAACGCUGUCUCAGGACAUGCCUGAUGUUAGGAAUCCUAUUUCUCCACCUAUUUUUGGAAAAAAUCCCAGUGAAAGCUCCCAAACUCAUGAGGACAUGUCUGAUGUUGGAAAUCCUAUUCCACCAACUGGAAACAUUCCCAGGAAAAUCCCUGAAAAUCAUAAGGAGAAGACACCGAAAAGCAGCCUAAACUCCUGGACAUUCAGUGACGUGUACUUUGAAUACAUUCUGCCUAGACUCCACCACAUCGCCUAUCUAGAGGACGACAUGAUGGAUUCUUACCCGCCUCAUGUUUAUGCUGAAGAAGGAAGCAUGGGGGACAAUGCAUCUGUAUGGUCCCUCCCUUUCGCAGAGGACCUGCCUCCUGGUUUCAUGGAUACGUUGGGGGCUGAGUUUACCACCCUGAGCAAGAUCGUCAGCAAAUGAUUCAAACAACCUGGGUUAUUUGCCUGAGGGUGGCAAAGUUCCUCCCAUAGUCAUUUGGACUUCUGCUAUUUAUGCAUACACACACCGAGGGCACUUUGUUGUGUGUCGAGGUGGUUGCUUGGGCUGUUUCCUUUUGGGAGGAAUUAUAAUUACAGAUCCGUGGAAUUACAAAUCCAUCUUGAAGCCCCUUUGCAACUGCAUUCUUUAGCUUGGCAUUUUUGAAAAGUAAAUUCAUGGGAAUCCAGUUUCCUGUCACAUGUCCAGCUAUGCCAGGAUUUCUGAAUAUAUAGGAUUAUCACUGUGACAUGCUUUGAUAAGCAAAAAGAACUUCUUGUUAUCUCAUAGGAUGAGCCUAUAUGCCAUAAAAAGCAAGAGAAGCUAAACUGUGCUUUAGGAGUGCGUCUCACCUGGCAUUUUGGUGGGAUCUGGAUUGUGGGAUUUGAUUAUCACUUGGUCUUAGUUCAGGCACUCCAUGCUCUGGUUUUGGGAAUGAGAAUUCAGCUGUGCUUCCAAGUGGGAUUAAACCUGAAGUUUGCUAAGCGAAAGACAUUUGCAUGGGCCAAUAAACCAGGGAGAUGGUUAGCAACAAAACUAAGAAAAAUAGCAGAGAAUAGAUUUAUUACAAAGAUGCAAUGGAAAGAAGCUCGAGUCAAUGAAGAAAUAGGGGAGAAGAGGCUACAGAGAAUGAACUUACUGCUGU